AUGAAGCAUGAAUGGACUUUUGGCUGUGCUUUCGCAUUACAACUACUCACGCAGGCAGUAAGUUGUCAACAAAGCACAGACUUAGCGGAAUUGACAGACUAUAGUGUGUUGAAUUUCCUGCAAGAUGUACGACAACUGCAACACUAUGACCAGCUGGUGUUUGCUCACAACCGCAAUGCAACUUUACCACCAGCAUUCGUGGCACAAGUGCAGAUGGAAUCGGAGGAGCUAGAGAAAGUAGCAGACUUCAAGGACUUUCGCCUGACUGCUAGACAGAAUUAUGAGGACCAGUUCGUACGCAAUUUGAUGACAAAGCUUUCAGUGCCGAUUAUACAUUUCAAUGAGUUGAACGCUGUUCAGCUGAAGCAGCAUUUUAGUAUGGCGCACUUAUUGCUGGUGUAUUUGGAAGAGUCACUAGAGGCGCAGUCUGCGUUAUUCAAGACGUUAGCGACAAGUUUAAAGCAUAGAACACACACGAAUACUUUAUUUUUAAUAAACAACAACAACACCACGGCGACCUGUGAUGAGCUCUAUCUGAGACAGCUCUUUCAAUAUUGUUGGCAAAGCAAAAUGAUAAAUGUGGCAGCGUUAUGUGCUGACUAUAAGCGCACAAAACUAUUCUACAGUUACACCCAAUUUCCUGUGCUUACUUUGGAGUAUAAGCUCUUGAACGCCUUACAACUACACGACGUGUCCUUCUUUCCGGACCGCCUGCGCAACUUACACGGCUACAAGGUACCCUAUAUAAUAGGUGGCGCCGAUCCACGCAUUAUUAUCUUCGAAUAUAGCGGUAAACGCAUUGUGGGCGGUUUCGUUGGCCACUUCCUCAACAACUUUUCAGCUAAACACAAUUUUACAUUCUACGAACCGCUUCCUUCACCAUCCAAUAGUAAACUCGCGCCCUCGCAAGAUUUAAUUGCGGCAGUACGCAAUAAUACCGCUGAGAUAUCGGUCGGCCUUACGUAUCCAAAUAUACCCUUUGAUGGUUUCUCUUACCCAUACGAGCAGGUGAAUUGGUGCGUUUGGUCGCCAAUGGAAGCAGAUAUACCGAAUUAUGACUUCUUUUGGAUCGUCUUCGAGGGUAUGACCUUCGCGCUGGCGCUCGGUGUCCUUCUGCUCAUAUCCAUUGUGUUGAGUUGCGCGCUCUGGCAGCAUGGCAAGAAGCCGGACUUGCUGCGCUUUUUUAUACACGAUGCUUGCUUGCGCGGCGUUUUGGGUCAGUCAUUUCGGGAGCUUAGUCGCGCCCCUUUCGUUAUACGUUUCAUUUACCUUCAAAUAUGUGUACUUGGUAUAUUACUGACUACUUCCUAUAAUGCCUACUUUGCCACCUAUUGGACGAGUGCACCGAAGGUGGCACCAUUGCGUAAUUUCGACGACAUAAUGUAUUCGGAUAAGAAGAUAUACGUUUUUGCACCUGAAUAUGUUGAGCUGAUUUCACGUACGGUAGAUUUGCGAAAGUAUAUUCCGAUGUUUUAUGUCGAAAGAGAUUAUCAUAAUUACUUAGCGACACGCGACACUUACAAUACAAAGUACUUGUAUAUGAUACCAACGACCAAGUGGCAAAUUUACAGUGAACAGCAGAAAGUUUUUACGACACCCUUAUUUCGUUGGCGCAACGAUAUGUGCUUCUAUCAUAAUAUACCGUUGUGUUUUCCCAUUCAUAGUGAUUCGAUAUAUUCGCAAAUAUUACGAGACAUGAUUUACCAAACGGCUCAGGCGGGUCUAACAGAAUAUUGGAUGCGUGGCGGCUUUCUGGAGCUGAUCAGAGCCGGACGUUUAAAUUUGGAAGACUUGAGUCGUCGAAAUGAGUUCCGUGCCAUGGCAGUGGCGGACAUGAAAAGAUUAGCGGCCAAUACGAAUUGGUCGAUUUGCACGGCCCAAACACCGCAAAGCCAACAACUUGGCGGCAUUAUACGUUCACAAGGUAAUCUCUCGAAGCCAAUAAGAUACAUAAAAAAUGGUUAUAUGCAGGGAAUUGUUACAAACAAGACCGACAGUGUUCUGCCCACUUUAUGUGAGAUACGUGAGAUGGUAUAA